AUGAAUUAGUUUGUAUUCCCAAUGAAGGUGGCAGUAGAAUACAAGCCUUAAGACCCUAAAUUUUAUACAUUCAUGACAACAGAUGCUGAGGGAUUCAAUUCAUUCAUACAUGUUCUUACUUUUUAUGAGGAGGUUAAUGAAGCUGAAAUAUCCUCCAAUGAUUUUGAUAUUGUGGCUGAGAUCCUCAGGAAACAGCAUCUCAAGAAAAAGCAUAUGACUCUCAAAAAUAAGAAGGAUCCUUAGCCCUCAAAUCUCAGAGAUGGGUCGCUUGGUGAAAAUGAAAGGAAGCUAGGCUUAAACACUGAUUCUAAUAACGAUGACUUAUUCAAAAGAAAUGACAAGAGAGUAAGAAAAAUGCUUGAACACAGAAAACAGACUAAAUGUCUUAAUGUUUGUGAUUUAGAAGUACUCAGAAUGAAAAAUGAUAAAUCCGACAAUGAAGACAAAGAACCCACCACUCCAAAAAAGAAUACGGUAGAUGAGCUCAUUAAGUAAAAGAAUCAAAAUAAAAAAUAGAAACUUGACAGGAAAAAAAUUGAAUAGGAAAAGAAGAACAAGAUGGAUAUUUUAAUGCUUGAAAUUUAGAAUCACGGACAUCAAAAUAACUAAAAUACUGCUCUUCAGUCUCUCAAUCAAACUCAAAAUACCAUUAACAUGCAAAUAUCAGCGUUUGACCCGAAAUACAAAUACUAAAAUAUCGCUGCUUAGAGUUGCUACAAAGGGAAACCAUAGGGCGGAAAUAGCAACAAAGCAUUAUAUAAUACAUCAACUGCAAAGGCAGGGUAGUCCUCAAGUUAUGUAAUAAAGCCAUCAAGCAAAGAAUAUAAUGGAGUGAUGAGAUCAAGCAAGAAAGGUACAGUUCUAAGGAACCCCUCUGAUAUGGAGCAAAUGACAUUAAAAACUAAUUCCUCUAAGGAUAUCACUGGUACCCCUAAUCUUGGCAAUUAACCCUUGGAAGAAUCUGUUACAUUUACAAGAGCAGCUAAUUUAGCUAAUGAUUAAAAAGCAAAUGAGUUUGGCAUUUAAAUAGAUGAGGAUUACUACAGCAAAUUUCGUUAGAGCAAGAAAAGAUUUGGACAAACUGCUGUAGGAGAACUAUCGUAGUAAACAGAAUGGAUUUCUCCCUAAACAAAGGAACAAUACUAGCCAAGCUAUAAUGAUAAUGAAGAAACUGAAGAGGCGCAUUUGUAAAGAUAAAUCUCUGGCUUUCCAGACUCCAAUAACAUCUUAUUUAGUGAUGACGACCAGUAGUACCAAUUAAUGGAGAAAAAGAGAUAUGUGCCUGUAGCUUUAUGUCUAGAGACUGAAACAGAGUACCAUGAUGUAUUCAAGCAAAUUAUGCUCGCUCUUUUUGACUUGAUAAGAAUUCCUGAGAACUUUGCAGGCAACAGAGCUAAUGAUAACAGAACAAUUGCCUUCGCAGAACUAAUUACUCAUUUGGCUUUUUUGAAAACAAUACCAGCCCCUUCAUUCAACUCGACUUAUAAUCUUUUCUGCCUGAAUUAAGUAUUCUAAAUCAAAGAAACGGGAUUAGAUCAGAUCCCUAAUAAGAAUUAACUACCAAUAAAGAUCCUCUUUGAAGUUCUAGAUGUUAAAUCAAUUAUCUAUUGCUGGAAAGCGUUGCUAUUUGACAAAUCUCUGGUAAUAGUUAGUUCCUAAUACUCUCUAUCAUUUUAUGUAGCCGAGGCACUUAAGCAGCUAAUGUUUCCUAUGACCUGGUAAAACACUUAUAUUUAGCCAGGAAAUGAGAACCUCGCAGGGUAUUGUGAAGGAAUAAUGGUUUGCAUUUAUGGCUCAAACAGUAUGAUCAAUAGUUACGACUACUUUGAAGCAUUAAACCACCCAGAAAUAGUGAUAUGCGACAUUGAUGCAGGCUUCACCAACACUAUAAGUCUGCCAUGCUAUCCAGAUGAAAGCAUGUACAUAAGAACCCUGAAUACAUUAAAGAAUUCGAGAAUCAACUAGUAUGAUAAAGCUUACCCAGAUAGCUAAAUUCCAGAUGACGAUGAUUUUGUUGUCUAAGUCAGAGAAACAUUCUUCAAAAUGCUAAAGCCUUACCUCUCAAGAAUAGAAGAAUGCAUAGACAAGAGUGUCGACCCGAAUGGAGCCUAUUUCUAAAAAUACUUCAAACAGGAAAAGUUUUUGGAAAAUUUUGAAUGUUAUGGAUAAAUGCAUCUUGAGUUUGCGAAGGCACUUAUUUAAUCCUCUUAAUUCUAGCAUUUUUGUGAUGAAUAUUCAGAUGAAGAUUUGAAUAACUUCACUAUGCUGAAAGAGAUUUACAAAGCUAGGGGUGAAGUCAGUAACCCUAAAGAUGAUGGUUUGGGAUAGAGAAAGAAAUCUAACAUUUUUGAAGGUUUUAACUUAGAAGAAUUUUAAAAGUACAACUAAGGGAAAUGUAAUUGGCCAGACUCAGAACCUGUUGUCUUUAAUUUUAGGAUGCCGCAUGAAAAACAAAAAGUAAUGCUGUUUGAGAAAAUUUAAUUUAUGAUAGAAGACAGCUUGAAGAAAAAAGAAAGGAAAAUCUCAAGAAAAACUAAUGAGGAUAUAAUCUAAAAUAAAGAUCAUCUCAUGUAUGAGAAGAUUAUCUCGAAUAUCAAAUAGUUGUAUCCUAGCAAGCAUAAAGAAAGAUAAUAAAAUGCCGAAUAAAGAUAAAAUCUCCAACAUUAUACCUCUGCAAGAAGGAAAAUGACUUAAAACAACAUUUCAGUUCAUGAAUAAAGUGCCUCAAGAUAGCCUCAUUAAAGAUAAGGUUAAAAUCCCUCAUAAUAAAGGUUGAAUUAACCCUAACGAUAGAGAGUUUAGAAAAGAACUUCAUCUGAUUCUCUUAAUACUGUAGAUAAUGAUGUGCAGCCAUCUUCAUUUAUUGAUCAAAAGAUCAAUAAGCGCUUCAACUAAUCAAAUGUAUUCUAAAACUUAUAGUCAACUCCUGGAUAAAAUAAUAUAAAGCCCUCGCAAACAUAAUAGCAGUAUUAAUAAUAACCAAAUAUCCAGGUACAAAAUUUAGAUUCAGCACUGUCCAAGAAUUUACAGCAAAACUUUACAACUUAAAAUACAACCUAAGUUUAACUCCCUCUCGACUUAAUCAAUAGUCAAGAAGAGAUUUAGAGCUUUAUUCAUUUUAGUAAUUCACAUGAUAGCGCAAUAGAAAGAGAUUUACAAAGACUAUUGAGUUCAUAGCAAAGAAUCUCUCGUUUGAUGUAUGGAAAGCAAGGUUUAAUUAACUUUAUGCAUCAUUUGUUUGGACUUUUAAAUGUUACACAACUUAAGAGAGUUAAUUACUACUUUGCAAUCUCAAAUUAGCUAGACUAAAUGACUAUUUAUGAGAAGAAGCAGAGUUAAGCUGCAAGAGAAUUAAAGAUGAAUAAACCAAUUUAGGAAGUCUAUGAAGAGGAAAAAUCCCCUACAAGAAUUCCAUAAAAUAAAUAGCUUCAUCAUUAAAACUUUGCAAUGGAGCAAUAAAUGAAAACACCUGUUUCAUAAAAAUCAUAUGAAAUACUGAAUCUACAUAGAAUGCAACUGAAAAACAGCACUGCAAAUCCUCCAUCUUCAAACGGCUCACAUAGAUUUAAAAAUGACAAGGAAUGGUUUAACAUUGAGUUUUGGGACUCUAAUGCCAAUACUUUGAAAAGGACUUAUCAAUAUAUUCUUUUCAGAUAAAAACUUUUUGAGAGUUUUGAGGGCCUCGAAGAUGCUUAUACUUCAAUUUGGAAAAUAUUACUUAAAUUCCCAACAAACAAGAUGCAAUUUUUCCCUAUUUUAAAAUUCCAACAAAUCUGGGAGAGCUUGUCCUAAUCCUAAUAGCUCGAAUUAUUUACGAAAUUGGGCCAGAAGCAGGAUAGACCAUGCGUCUCUAUGAUUUGCAAGUAGUACAUUAAAUAGAAAAGUUCAAUAUUGAGACAACCUUCAAAUGAUAUUAUUCAGCAAUCUCAAACCCCUAGCUCGGGAUAGAAACUCUAGAAAAGUGAUGAGAAUCUUUUCUACAAUAAUUCUAUCACAAAAACUUAUGUACAGAAGAGGAUUGAGAAAAAGGAGAGAGAUUCCUAGCUUUCAUAAAAGUUUUAAUGCAAGUUAGAUCCCUCUCCAUUUCCUCUAGGAUGUAAAGAAGAGUAGAAAAGUAAAUAUGAUGCAAAGAAGUAAAAGUAAAUAGAAAGCAAUCAAAAAAAUAUAAUGGAAAAUAUUAGAUCUAGAUUAACAGAUACUAAGUUAAAGAAAGUUGCAUCAACUAAUGAUAAGAAAUCUGAUAGUACCAAUAAAUCGGUAAUUGAAUCCUAGAAAACAAGAAAUAAAAACCCUCCACUUUCAGCAAGAUCAGCCACUCAUGAAGUGUUUACAUUUAAAGCAAAUAAUACAGAAUUGGAUUUGAAUUCACCUUAACUAAAAUAAACUCAGAGCAAGAAUGAGAGUUACAAGACUAUGACAAUUUUAAGGAAAGAUACAUAGAUAAAGUCAAAUGAUUAUGAUAUGAGGUAAACAGUCAAGAAAAGUUCAAUUAUAAUAGGCACAAUGAAAGAUCCGAUUGGAAUUGUAUCUAAGAUGCUUUCGAGAAUUAUAGAUUUCUGGAAGAAGAAUUCUAAAUUUGCAGAAAAGAGAGGAUCUUUCAAUGAAAAAGAACUUCCAUCUGUUUAAAAAGAUCUUGAGAGGUUCGACAGGUACUUCAGUCAUUUGAGAAAUACUGAACCAAUAUUUUGUGAGGAUGAUGACAUCGUCAAGCAGUGCUUCUUUGUCAAUUUGUUUAACUUCUUGAUCCUCUAUUAACUUGCAGUGAUACAUCUUUGUAAUCCAGAAGCAGUCAGCCAGCUGAAGAACUUCAAUAUGUGGUAGUCUUUUAUGGUUUCAAGUACCAUAAAACUAGGUAUGCAUCGUCUUAAUGCGUAUACAAUCCUACAUUCCAUUCUUAGAUAUGCUUUACUUCCACCUAAGAUAUCCUAGUUUAUGCUCAAUACACAAGCAAUCGAGUUUACUUAUGCUAAAUUUCAAGUGAAAUCCCCUAAUAAGUUGCUCUGCUUUGGUAUAUAUCUGCCGAUAAAGAAAAUGCCUCAGCUGAGAAUCUUUAAUGUUCAAGAUUUCGACAACGAUUUGAGAGUCUCUGCUCAAAUUUAUCUGAUCGAUAGAAUCAAUAUAAAGGACAGCAUGCUUUACAUCAGUUUACCCAAGUUUAUAGAAUGGUUUAGAUAGGACUUCAACGGAGAUCACAUGACUGAUUUACUAUAGUUCAUAGAGAAUGAGUAAGCUAUAAGAAUUUUAACAUAUAUGCAUUAUAGGAUAUUCUAAGAUUGUGGCGAUAUUCACAUCAGAGCUAUUCUAGAUAAACUUCGUCAUAAGCAGAUAAGCUCACACGACCUUAUCUUUGAAUUCGCUGCCUUUUCUUGGGUAUUUAAGCCUCUUAAAAUGCAGGAAUUCUUCCCAGAUCCUUAAUUAGUUUCCCCUCAUGAUUAAUGA